GAACGAAAAUGGAGAAAUAAUCGAAAGAGCUAAAAGUGGGAUAAUACAAACAAAAAUUAAAAUUGUAACAACAGUAUCUUUUUACGUGUUAGAUAAAGGAUUUGCUCUAGCUUACGGAGGAGAUGAUUCUCCAUCCAAUCUUAAUAAUUCCACUGUCGACAUCAGUACUGGUUCAACUAAUGGCGCGUACAUAAUAUUUUAUUAUUUCGAAACAAACAAACGAACAGGACCAUUCCUAUUAUAUCAAACAUCUACUAAAAUAAUUAAGUUAAAUGGUACUAUUCAAACUUUAACAUUGGAAGGAAUUAUGUGUAGUGUUGAAUUUAGCGGUGCCGGAAAUACAUGUUUUUUAUUAUUGAAAUCAGAAUUUACUAUAAACAAUAAAAGAAAUAUUACAACUUCGCAAAAUGUCAUGUUGAAGAUGUCUUAUCUCUCUUCUGGAUCCGUAACAAAAAUAGGAGAAAUGAAAAAUGGUUCUAAUGACGGAUACAGUAUUGAGCCACUUCAAUUCGGUGGUUUUCUAAUGUUAGUACUUAAAGACGAUCUUUUUGGCUAUAUUCUCGAUGAAAAUGGAGAAAUAUAUAGAACAUGGUCAUUACCAAAACCUAUAAAUUUCUUGCAUAAAAAAAGUAUUUAUACAAUUCUUGCAAAUAAUUCAAUUGUGGUUGUGGAUAAUCAAGAUAAUUCGACUUGGAAAGUGCUAUGUGAUGAUCUAUUUAAAUUUGGUCAAGCAUCAACGAAUCCGGCACUAGGAUCUCGAGUAAACGAAUCCACGACACAACUAUAUUUAUCAUUCACUUAUCCUGUAAUUCUUUCCAGUUCAAACAUUUCAAUAUAUCAACGUAUCAAUGGAACAGAUCAUGACCUAUUGCGCCAACGAUUUCAAGUAUUAUCCCAGCAUGUUGUACUUCCAUUAACUUGCUUCACUGGAGUUCCGAAACGUAAAAUUAUAGUUCCAUCGUUGGUUUUAUCAUUAUCUAAAACCUCUAGGCCAGCCUGA